AAGAAGAGAUAAUUUCCUGUGUAAUACCAACAAUUAUUAGUAUAUUAUUGAAUAUAUCAUAUAUGUUUGUCAAACAAAAGCGAUAUAUACAUGUAUAAUCGGAUCAGAUAGUGCAUAUCCAGUCCAAUAUUCCAUGAACUUAAGUAUUAGUAGACCACGGGAUGAAUUGUAUAAUUAAAACAAAUUUACUACACAUCAGCUAUUACUUAUAUUGGUAUAGAGAACACAUGUGAAGCUUUAUAACCUAUCUUUUUGAAUUGGCUUUCGUAAUUGUUCUGUAGUAUUCUAUUUAGUAACAUCUAAGUCUUUCCAAUUAUGGCUAAUCAAGUUUUGACUUUGAAGCAUGUCCAAAUGAUAUUAUAGUCCUCAUAGCUGAAAAAUAAUUAAUGAUCAGAUUUGAUACACACAAGCGAAAUUUCACAUAAUACAGGAUAACAAAUGAUUUAUUAACUAUCCGUAAUAGUGAGAUCAUCUCAGUCAAACUCGUAACACAAUGAGUCGAAUUGGAAGUUCAAUAUAUAAUCAAGAUAAUCAGUAAAACUAUGAAUAAAAAUGUAUGAAACACAAAACAUAAAAAUUACGUAUAUGGAUGUUACUUCCCAUAGUUUUUGACAAUCUUUGUCAUAUCAUGUUCGUAUAUUCCAAGGUUGCCAUCCUGUUUUAACGGUCCGCUAACAAAAGGAUUCUCAAAAUAUACUUUACUAUCAUUCUGGACAUGUACUUGGUCUUGUAUACAAAGUUUGACCAAAUUUACAUAUUGGGAAAAAUAUUAACAUCGUCUAUAAUUCUCAAGUUAUAUAGUAUGAAAAUUAAUUUCAUGAUGCAUCUAAUGAAAUUAAAUUUUAUCUAAUAUAAACAUAUGCAUUUUGUAAUGUAAAUGUUGAUUUUUUUUCCCUAUAAAGUUGAUCAAAAUUUCCAAAGUUUGACUUCACACAAAUUUUAUAUGGACACUAAAAGGAAACCGAAGGAGUACCAAUGAUGAGAAUAAAUGAUGUUUAAAAAACAAUCGAACCUAGCGGAGAACCUGUCCGGCCGCAGAUCACCAGAGUGUAUCUUCGUGAACACCCGCCGCAAGUUGGAGUGAUGUGUUCUUCACAUCAUUCAAAGCGGUCGCCAUGGACGAGAAGUCGAGACCCUUCCGGCGGCCGGUAUGGACCAGAGGUCGUUGUUGGACGAGGGCACCAGGAGUUACGUAUCUGAUAUUUUUCUUUUCUUUGUACGUAUCUGAUCCUGGAGCAAUGGAAACGUAAAGCGAAGGAGCCGGAUUGGGCAGCUGGGAUCGGAAACAGAGCGGAGUUGCGUGCUUUAAGAUUGGAGUUGGAAUGGACCCGGUCUCAGAAUUAUUUUUUCCCAUCUUCUCCGCCUCCGCCUUCGCCUCCUCCUCCUCCUCCACCUCCGCCGAUGGCAGCCGCCACUCCAAGCAAAAGCAACAAGGACGUCAUGGCCUUCGACUAUGCCAAAAUGCUCAUUCCGAUCUCGCCUUCUGCUAUCAGGGCUACGUUGGACUAUGACAUCAGUGCUAUCUGCAAGAUUUUGAUGGCUAAUGAUGGCCGUUCGGUCGCGGAACGAAUGGAUUACUUGUCGAAGAAUUUUGCUUCAUUCAAGAAGCCUGAAGCUCUGGUACCUGUGGACGACCUGGAGGAUGAGGACGAUGAGGAGUUGAUGGAUGAUGAAAAGACAUCUGCUAGUUAUGCUGAACUGCAAGUCCCUAGUGAAGGUGAACAAGAAUGCAAGAAGAUUAUCAGCAAGCUUUGAGUGCCAGGGAGAAGAAACUGAGGCCGGACAAAGGAACUCCCUUUAGUCGGUAGUGAUUUUUGUGUAAACACAUGCAUGCUCGUUAUUGCGAAGAAAUUAACUCUUGGAUCUAAUUUUGUAGUUCAAAAUGUGUUUUGCAUAUACUUGGAUUCAAGUAGUAAAAAAUGAAUAAAUUUGCCGCCUAAUUCAUUAGCUCGUUCAGUGAGACAAAUUAUAGUAUCAAUGACUAUUUUUUAUUUGAUCUCAGCAGCAUGGCAUGAAUUCAAGGUCAUGAUUAUGUAGCUAUAAACAUUACGGGCAAAAUGAGUUUCAGUCGAUAAAAUUGGAGUCGUGUUCCAAACAAUUGAAACACUGGCAAUCAGAUUAUAACCAUAUACUGGAUACAGAUUAUUACCUGCUGCUUGUUUCUUCUAAUUACUAGCGAAACAGGUAUUGCCAAUGUAUGAAGUAGGAUUGUAUAAGCAUUGGAAACAAAUCCUGUAAUUCUGUUACAUUUAACACGAUGAAACAUGUAGAUCAUAUUCUGCUUUAUUUUCUCAUGUCCUGAUUACAUAACUUGAGCUUGAACACUUGGGAGUUACUCCCUCCGUUCCGUAAUAUAAGAGUAUUUUUGAUAUUUACAGAGUGUGAUGACAGUCUUAGGGAAACAUAUAGAAUAACUAAUAAAAUAUCUUUGUUGCUUAGGCCAUUUAAGUUGAAUGGAUUUAUUUUGAACUUUCAUUUAUCAAAUUUCUCAAUGCUGCAAACCAUCUCCCAGCUAGGACGUGACAGAAUGGAUGGUUUUGUACAUUGAACAUGCCGACAUGACUGUAAACUUGGUGUGAGUUCAACAAAGGAAUGAUUAAGUCAUGUUCCAAAUUAUAGAAUUUCGAAUAUAUGCUUAAAUGAGUCCCUUUUCUUUUAAAUAUGGAUAAAUACACAUUAUCAUUAAAAGUCUAUGCACAACUCAUUACCCUUAGCGUAUGAUCUGUGCACACUGUUUUGUAUUAUUCUGUUUCGACAAUUUUACUUAAGUGUCCAUGCUUUUGUGUCUUCCCUGUUAUUGUCCAUGGCCACUCAUAGUUUUCACAUGUCUUCUUUUCAAUUAUCUUGGUUGAACCGGGUCAUCAAACUGAUUCUUGCGGAGUUGUUUGGUG